AAGGUAUGCAAGCGAGAUGGCAGCAGGCGACAACCAUGAUGUUAUUGGUCAGAACAUACAUAUUAAACAAUCCAAUGCCUAUAACGACCUCGGCAGAAGAUUUGUUCCACAAUACCAGUAUACGGGACCAUCCAAAGCCGCUGCUGCUGAACAUAACGAAGAUCUUGUACCCGAAAAGGCUCCCCCAGAACUAGUAUUAGUGGUUGCAAAGGAGUCGGCCUUGUUGGGACCUGAUAAAGAUUUGGACAAUGAUCUCGAUCAGAAAAAGAUAUUAAGAUCUGGGGAUUACUGGGAUGGAGUAUGGAAGGAAGAAAUCGCUCCGAAGUCUGCAUUACGGUCGGGUACAGAGAAAAACACAGAGAAAAAAGUUCUUGGAUCAAUAAAAGCAAAAGUGAAACCAGGAACGGAAUUUUACAAAGUGGUGUCCAGAAUGAAGAAAAUAUCUCCACGAUUACUUUAUAUUAUAAAUAAAAAACAGCUUUAAAUUCAUUAAUCAAUCCCG